AUGGGAUGUUGUCAGAGUAAAGAGGGCAAACGAGACUGGAAACCGCUGGAGGACCGCAGCUGCACUGAUAUACCAUGGCUGCUCCUCUUCAUGCUGUUCUGUUUGGGGAUGUUGUGCAUCUGUGGCUUUGCUAUUGCCACGGGGGCAGCCUCCAGACUACUCUCUGGAUAUGACAGUUAUGGUAACACCUGUGGUCAGAAGAAUACCAAGAUUGAGGGAGUGGAGCUGAGCGGACGGGACAUGAGAGAACACAAAUAUGUCUUCUUCCUUGAGCCAUGCAACUUUGAUUUGAUCAACAGGAAGAUCAAGUCGAUAGCUCUGUGCGUCUCACAGUGUCCCUCUACUCAGUUGCAGACUCUCAAUGAUAUAAAACAGUUUGCACUUCAUAAUGGAUCAGAACUUUGCACCUAUGACAUCACUCCUGCACGAUAUACGAGCCAUGCUGAAAGGGAAACCAAAUGUCCCAAACUCCCUGUUCAUGCAAGUAAACCGAUCCCAGUCUUCCGUCGCUGUAUUCCAGUGGAGAUCGCCUGUUACGCAGAGUUCAUCCAGGCUUUUGUCACGUUUGUUAGUGACAACAGCGUUUUACACAGAGUUACUGCAGGAGUGAUGGCCAGCAAGGAGAUCAUCAUGGGCCUUUGUGUUCUGGCCUUAGUGCUGUCCUUGGUCAUGAUGGUUGUAAUCCGCUACAUCUCUAAAGUGCUGGUGUGGAUCCUAACAAUCCUGGUUAUUAUUUGCUCUAUAGGUGGAACUGGUGUCCUUUGGUGGCUGUAUGCCGACCACAGAAACGCUCUUAAAACAAAUAUGACAACUGUAUUUGGGAAAGAAGUGGCAUCAGACAAUGUGAAGGCCCUGCUUGCUUAUGCUAUCGGAACUACGGUUUUCACGGUGGUGCUGCUGAUUGUCAUGUUCUUCAUGAGGAAGCGGGUUGCUCUCACCAUCUCCCUCUUCCAUGUCGCUGGGAAAGUUUUCAUCCACCUCCCUUUGCUCGUGAUGCAGCCUUUAUGGACCUUUCUCUGCCUCAUGCUGUUUUGGGUCUACUGGAUUACCGUGCUGCUCUUUCUCGGGACAGCAGGAACACCGCUUAAGAACAACUCUACCAACUUAGUUGAAUAUAAAUUAGAAGGCCCCCUUCAGUACAUGGUGUGGUAUCAUGCAGUCGGUCUCAUCUGGAUCAGUGAGUUCAUUCUGGCCUUUCAGCAGAUGACAAUUGCAGGAGCUGUGGUCACCUACUACUUCACCAGGAAUAAGUCACAGAUGACCUCCGUCCCUAUUCUCAAAGCAAUGGGUCGCACAUUUCGGUAUCACCUGGGCACCCUGGCCAAAGGUUCCUUUAUUAUCACUCUGGUUAAGAUCCCCCGUCUCAUCCUCAUGUACAUGCACAGCCAACUCAAAGGAAAGGAAAAUGCUUGUGCGCGCUGUAUGCUGAAAUGUUGUAUCUGUUGCCUGUGGUGUCUGGAGAAGUGUUUAGCCUACCUGAAUCAAAACGCUUAUACUGCAACAGCAAUCAACAGCACAAACUUCUGCACCUCAGCCAAAGAUGCGUUUGUCAUCCUGGUGGAAAAUGCACUCCGUGUGGCUGCGAUAAACACUGUGGGAGACUUUGUUCUCUUCUUAGGAAAGGUGCUGAUUGUGUCAUGCACCGCAUUUGCCGGAGUCCUCGCACUAAACUACCAGCGGGAGUACACGGUUUGGGUCCUUCCUCUCCUCAUAGUUUGUCUGUUUGCAUUCCUGGUGGCACACUGCUUCCUGUCUGUAUUUGAGAACGUGGUGGAUGUGCUCUUCCUGUGUUUUGCUGUGGACACCAAAUACAAUGACGGCAGCCCUGGUCAUGAAUAUUACAUGGACAAGAGCCUAAUGGAGUUUGUCGAGAAUAGUAAAAAGAUGGGGAUGUACAAAUCAGGUGGAGAUACUGGCGAUGGAAAAGAAAUGGAGUCCAUGACAAACAGAGGAGGCACCUUGGCCUAG